UCCCGUACGUAUAAUUUUCAACGGUAUAAAAAUAUAAAAACCCAACCAACCCCCUUAAUCAACAAUUUUAGGGUUUACUGGAGAAAAAUUCCCCAAUUCAAUUGAAGAAUUAGAUCGUGCAAAGUAGGAAAGAUGAUUGAGGUGGUGUUGAACGAUAGGUUAGGGAAGAAAGUUCGAGUGAAGUGCAACAAAGAUGACACCAUUGGAGACUUGAAGAAGCUUGUUGCUGCUCAAACUGGUACUCGCGCCGAAAAGAUCCGAAUUCAGAAGUGGUAUACAAUUUACAAGGAUCAUAUUACUCUUGAGGAUUAUGAGAUUCAUGAUGGAAUGGGUCUUGAGCUCUACUACAAUUGAUCUUCUUCUUC